AUGGGUGAUAGAGGAAAGGAAAAGAUGGUUGUUAUUUAUCCCGAGGAUUUUCAAACAUUCGAUUUCCUUGUUCAAUUAUAUGGAGACAGAGAUAAGUUUAGUACUAGUACAAACAAUUCUCAAAUUAAUUCCACAUUCCAGCCAUCUAGUUCUCUUCUUGAAACUAAAUAUACAAGAGACACCAAUGAAGGUGAUAUUGUAAGUCCUAGUACUCAUAUAAAUAAAAGGCACAAAUCUAAAUCUGAUGGAGAGAUCACAUCUUGCAAAAACUGUAAUUGCAAGAAGAAUGGACCUGCAAAUGUUUUGCUUCAAGUAUAUUUUGUUCGGGAUCUUGUCAUUGUCGAAAUUGUUCCAAUACCAUUAGCAAUGAAAAUUGUAGUAAAUGCAACUACUAAUUUAGCUACACAUAUCAAGGGAUGUAAUUGUCAGAAAGGCUGCUCAACAAAAUAUUGCAAAUGUUUCAAUGGACAAGCUGGAUGUUCUACGAAGUGCAAAUGCAUAGGAUGCGAGAACAACUUCAAUCAAAAGAAUGGAAUUGAAGAAAGAGAACUGUUAUAUAUGGAUUCUAAUAAAGUAAUAAUUCCUUUUGGGGAUCAUCAACAAUCUACAAAUUAUGUUGGAUCAUCAAUAUCACACCACCAAAUGAUUACUAGAGAUGAAACUUCUUUUACUCUACAACAUCAUAUUAAUGAUGACCCACAGAUCAGUAAUAAUGCUAUUAUCAACUUAACUAGCUCUCAAAGUCAAAAUUUCAAUUUUACUACUAGUAUAAUUCCUUGUGAUCACCAGAAUAGCUCACCACCUGCUCCAACUCCCAACUUAUAA